AUGGAACAUUUACUAGUUCUCACCACAGUGGAACGUAUUGGCGACUCUCUUCCCAAUACUCCAUCAUCACAGCGAAGAAAAGGAUUCAAUUUGAAAGGAUACAUCAAAACACUAAAUGAAUUGAUUGUUUUACCGAAUAUUGAUUUGCAUAAAGUGGUGCAACCACUGAUUGAUUUGUACGAUAAUGUCUCAAAGACUUCUAUCAAUGCAAAUCUGAAACCCAGCGAGAAGAGAGUCAAAUUGGAGUUGAUCAACAAAUCUAAACUCAUCAUUCUGAACUUGUGUUCAGAUUAUCUAAAUUUUGCAAUUGAUCAAAAACAGGUUGUUCUUCCAAAUCAUCACUUCAACAACAUGUUUCACGAAUUUGACCAAGACGAUUUGCUGAUUGAAGAAAGUCGUGAUGAACAAGAUGAAGAAGAGGAUGAAGAUCUAGUUGCUCUCGUCAAGGACUCGCAACAACAACAACAACAACAAAACUCAACAGGAACACCUGUCAUAAAUGAUGACAAUACCCUCUCGGUGAAUCAAUCUCUAAAUCAGAUUGUUUUAGAUCCAGCAAACACCAUUGACACCAUCAGACCAAGAAGAAGCAGCGGUGUUGCUGUUUCCAUUGAAUAUCUCAAUGCUCUCAAACAAAGAAAAAAGAAGGGUUCUGAUGCAUGCGAAAAGUUUAAUGUGAAAAGAAGUGCCAUGACAUUCGGUACUUCACAGAAUAAGAAAGAGCUCGAUGAAUCAACAGCAGUGAAUAUGCUCCAACUAGUUUCAACACGAUUGUUGUUGCAACAUGACAUUUACUAUGAUGCAUCGACCGAAGAGUUUUCAAAGAGCUCUGUAAAUCAAUAUUUAGAACAACAAUUGAACUACAAAUGUAUGGAACUUUUGUUUAAACUCAGCGUUUGUUGUCCAGAAGUUGUUUACAAAAGUUUGGUCGAAAGUGCGAUGGCAACCAGCGUCAAUAACAAUUGCAUGGAAGUUCCAUACAUUACUGAUUUACAGGCAGAUAAGACACCAUUUGUUGCUACAUUAUCUCAUUUUAAGUUGAUUGAAUAUUUGAAUUGGGAUGUUAAUUAUUUAGAACGGUUGUUGACAUGUAUCAAUUCAAACAUGAAAGGUUUUACAAAGUAUCUUGAAGUGCUGACACCACCUGUGAGAUUAGCCAUUUGGAACUUUAUUUCAAAUUAUAAUGAGAAAUUUAUUGAACUUGCUAAAAAUCCUUCUUCUUCACUCGUGAAUGUUGCACGGGAUGUGUUUGACAACUUGUACAAGCAAACGGGUAAGAAACAACGUUCAAAGACAUGGCCCACUCUUGCUACUCUCUGUGUGUUAACGGCAGAUGACUUGCUCAAAUGUGUGAAAGCUGGAAGUACAAAGAAGGUCGGAAGCGAGAAUAUGACUUCUUUCAUCCAUAAGGAUCUUUUGAAAGCAAUGGAAGACAAAGAUAAGACUCUUAUUUUACCACCUCUCAUUGAUAUUUAUAGAGGUAAUAGUUACGUUCCUCCUGAUAUGGAAUCUGCGUUCUCUGUUUUGUCUCUCAUUGUUGAAGAGAAACUACUUGGUAUUUUGUGUCCAGAACCAGGCUCAGGAAAGAAAGAUUCUAAACCCUACAGCUCUGAGGAAUUGAAUGAAGUAGAAAUGUGGGUCAAUUAUGUGACCACUCUCUACAGAAAGAGUCAUGACAAGUGUAAACGCUCUGUUCUCAUUCCAAUCAUGACUGAAGGCACUCAAGAUCAAAAACACAUUGUCAGCAAAGCAUUACUUUUCUUGCUUGGUGACAAAUCUUCUCAAUACUCUUACAAUAGACGUCUUGAGACUGAUUACAAACUCUUAGCCCAACCUGUGAGAGAUGUUUUUAAAGAAACUAUUGAUCAAUUCAAAACCAAGAAAGAAGAGGACAGUCCAGUGUUGACUCCAAGCGCCUCAUUCAAAACUCCAAAGAAAGGUUUUGCUGCUCUCCUCAGAGAAAAGGUCAGCGGUAAAGAGAAUAACUCUCAAUCACAAUCGACUCCAAACGCAAAAGUUUUUGAUACUGUGAACACAUUGUUACACGUGUUUGGUUCAGAUCCAAGGUUCUUCCUCACCAAAACUGAGAAUGAAACCAAAGUUCAUUACAACGAUAAGAACUUUACCACGUUGGUCGAUUUUUUCAUUGCCAAUUUCGAUCCAACCUUACAAGAUCAAAUCACUCGAUUAUUCCAAAAACUCUUCAUGGAGCACCACAUCAAGAAUUGGAGCGAUGAUAUGUAUCUUGGUUUUUGUAAUAUUAGUUCUGACGUUGUGUCACGCCUUUCUCAAGCUCUCUUCAGCUUGAAUGAAAUUGAUCAACCUCAAGGAGUCAAGUCAUUGCUUCACUUGUUGAGAAACAUUACCUAUCGCUCUAAGAAAUUCUACAUUAUGAACAGAGAUGCUGUCUUGCAAGUGGACAAUAUCAGAAGCAGUGGUAAACGAUUGCAAAGCUUGGAAAUCUUGUCCAGCAAUUUAUUGAUCUACUUGUGCUCGACCGAUAAAGAAAUUUGGCAAUCGACCACAAGAUGUCUCAGAGAUAUUUGUGAUCAAGUAGAAACACUUGGCAAUCAAAGUCUCAAACAUCUCAAUUACAACUUUUAUAGACAAUUAUCGAGCGUUGAGUUGAAUGGAAAGAUUUACAAUGAAAGAAAGAGUCAAAUUCAACUUUUCAGAAGAAUUGAAUAUCAAACCAAAUCCUACGUCUCUGCAUUCAAUGAAGUCUACAGAAGAUGGAAAGAACUUCUAGAACAAUUUGGUUCUGAUGAUGUUUCUGGUUCAUCCAACAUUACUUGGAGAGAUUUAUUCUCCAACUACACCUCUUUAUUGUGUGCAUUGGGCGGAGUUUGCAUUCAAGACGAAGUAGACGAUAGCAAAGAUAAUGCUAUUACUGCUUUCCGAUCUUUCAUUUCAGAAAAUAGUGUGGAUAGCUACAUGGAAGAUUUGAUGAAGCAAGUCAUUUCAGAUGAUGUCAAUGUACGACAAAUGGUUACCAUUUCUGUCUCAACCGAUUUAUCUCCAACACUCUAUACCAAGUUGUUCACUGCUAUGAAAUCUUCCAUUCAAGAACAAUUAGGUCAAUCAUUUAACAUUAGUGCUAAGAAUAAUUUACUUGUUGAUCAAUAUUUGCAUAUUGUGAAGUCGAUUGUGGAAAGUCCAGAAGCUACUUCUGACCUAUCAUUGGCUCAAGAAUUUGAUUCGAUUACUGAUCUCUUUGCCAACUAUUGUACACAUAGUGAAUAUGAUAAUAAGGAAAUUCUUGAACUCAAGAAGAAAUUGUGUCAAUUUAUUGAAGUCUUGAUGAGCAAAGUUGAAUAUUUGACUUUCAAGAAUAUUGAAGAACAGAAAUUGAGAAGAGUCAUUGCUCAACAUGUCAUGGAAUGGACCACUGACUCUGUCUUUAAGGAAAAGAACAAUAUGAGUAAUGGAGUUCAUCAACCUCGUGUUGCUUCUGAGACUUUAUUAUUGGAAAACAAUACUCAAAUUGCCUCUGACGUCAAGAAGCUCUAUGUGGAAUUGGAUGUCCUUUGUAUGAAAGCAUUCAGUUCACUUGUGAAUGGAAUGAUCAUUGCAAACGAUGAAAAAGGAAGAGAAGAAUACUCCAAGUACUUUGCAUUCCUGUUGAGAUUCUUGGAAAAGUCUAAGGAGAGUCAAAUGACAGCCGCAAUUUAUAAGGCCUUCUCAAGAUUGCUUCAAACCAACGUAAGCUUUGGCUUGGAGUAUUAUAUGGCAAAAGUUUAUGACAAUAAUAAUGCCAUUCGGUCAACAUUCUUGAGCUUGCUUUCUGAAUUGAUUAAGAAAGGUCUUAUCAUUGAAGAGGAAGAGAAGGAAAAACCAAAAGUUUCAGUUUCUCCAUAUCAAGAAUUUAUCAAUCGAUUGAUCUUUACCAACAGAAAGAAGGCACUCUUCGCUCUCUUUGAUAAAUGCAAGAAUCCAGAGAAGGAUGACUUGUGUGAAGCUGUCAUUUGUAUUUAUCAAAGCAAGGCAGAUAUUGAAAAGAACUUACUCGAUCUCUUACGUCAAAGUGUUGUGCGUGAAGUCAAUGCUACACCAAAGAACCAACCAGAGACUUUGUUCAGAGCCAACUCAACUGCAUCUAAACUCAUGAAAAAGUAUUGUCAUCGUGUGAGUACUCCUUAUUUGAAGGACGUGAUUGGUGGGUUUAUUGACACCAUGGUUGCACAUCCAACCAAAUUCGAAAUUGAUCCACCAAAGGCAGAACAACGAGGUGAGAAUGUUCGAGAUAACAUUGAAAACAUUAAGGAAGUCCUUCAAGAAUUCAUUGACUGCUUGUGUGACUCCAUUGGUCAAACUCCAUACACAUUCAGAAUGUAUUGCAGAUAUUUAUAUGAAGAAGUUGGUAAAAAGUUCACAAAACCAGCCGAUGACACAGAUGAACAAUUUGACUUCAAGUACAUUGCCGUUGGUGGUUUCUUGAUUUUGAGAUUAAUUUGUCCUGCCAUCACUUCUCCAAAUUUGUAUGGACUUGCUGGAGAGGACAUUUCUGCUGACUCGAGACGUUAUGCUAUUAUUUUAACCAAGCUUGUUCAAAACUUGGCAAACGGUGUGGCAGACGCAAAGAAGGAAGAGUUCAUGAGAAACUUUGUUGAAAUUAUUCGAAUGAAUAUCAGCAAGAUUCAAACAUUCUUUGAAAAGAUUGCUGCACCAAUUGGAGAGAAUGAAAAUUGUCCUCGUUGUGACGAGACUGUCACUGAAGAUGAACUGAAGGAAGCUUAUGCUGCUCUUUAUAGAUUCUUCUUUAAUUAUUCUGAUGCUCUCAGAGAAGAAUUAACUCACCUCGAUGCUGAAGAUUUAGAAGAUGAACAAAAACUUGUUUUAGAAGAAGUUGAUCUUAAUGAGAAUGCUAAACAAUCUGUCCUCAAACCACUCUUUGAAAUUCUUGAAGAUGGAAUUGAAGAAUUCGGAAAACCACCAGAAGAAGAAAAGUCAGGCAGAAGACUCUCAUUAAAGAGAGCCAAGGAUGAAAAUGAAUUCUCCAAUACUUUAUUGCAAGAGUUGUUGAGAAAGAAUGAGAAGAGAGAUACUUCCAAAAUUGCUGAAAUGAAAUUCUUUACCAUUAGCGAACAUUUGAAUGCUAAAGGACAAAGAGUGGCCUAUUUCACACCCUAUUUACUGGAUUUAAGUAGAUUCUCAAUUGAUCUCUUCUUAUUCUAUGUCUUGAAGAAUAUGGAAACCAUUUGGAAGGAUCCUUUUGUCAUUGUGGUCGAUUGUACUUUCUGGACCAAGAAGUUUGAUAUUCGUCUCUCUGUGUUCCUUCAACUUUCUAAACACAUUCCACAAGGUGCAAAGAAGAAUUUACAAGAAAUCUUCAUUGUAAAUCCAAACAACUUCUUUAACAAGACAACCAAGAAGUUAGUUUCAUCUUUGGGAUACUCUCGUUGGAAGGUAUUGACCAGCGAAUCUUUGGCUGCUGCUUCUGAGAGUGGAAAGUCCAAGAACCCUCUUGAUCUUGCCAAGCCAGAACAUUUGUUACUCUCUCCAAUCACUCAACAAAUCUUCACAAAGAGUGAAAUUGUGUUCAAUGAUGUUCAAUUGGUCUUAUCCUCUCAUGUCACUGAAUGUGAAAUUAGACUCUUUGAUCAAUACUUGUUUAUUAUUGUGAAAGAUGAGAAAUUCAUUGGCAACAAGCUUGUUUGUGACUGUAUCGAACACAUCCCAGUAACAAAAAUUUCUGAUAUUGCCAUCAAGAAAUCACUCUUUGGUAAGACUGGUAAAGCCACCAAAGAUUUCACAGUCAAGUACAUUGACGAUGAAGAUGCCGAAGCAGUUUAUAACUUUAGAAGCCAAACGGUCGAAGAAAGAGAUCAAAUCAUGCAAGGAAUUAGAAACUAUGUCGAAAGAAAGUCAAGAGGCACCAAAUCUGCAAAGGAAGUUGAACGUGACUUUAAGAGACUUAAGGUUCAAGAUGUACCAGGACAAUUGCUUGCCAUUUCAUUCUUCAAUCUUGACUCAAAGAGCCCACCCAUCCGAACAAGUGCCUACUCCUUGUUGACAUCCAUUUUCGAACAAUUGAAACUUCCAAAGCAUCCAAUCAUUCUUGAAAGCGAUGUUGUAUGUGUUCCAAGAAAUACUGAAACCUUUGUUCUAAGAAUUAGUGAAUAUUUCGCAAGAAACAAACCAGAAUUAACUCUCGAGUUCAUGAAAGAAGCAUUGAAUGCAUUCAAGACCAUUCAAGGAAGCAAAUCAAAACUCAAGUUUGCCUCCUUCAUUUUGCCAUGGUUAGAUAAUCUCACUAGAUUUGAAAUUUCUCACAGCGAUGAAGCUGAUGAAAAGACAGAAGCAAUCAAAACAUGGUUUGAGAACUUUACAAAACUUUGCAUUUCGUAUGAAGAUAUUUAUCCAACACUUCAAGCAGUUUGGAGACAUGCAUGCAAACUUUCCCUUCCUUUGACCAAGAUUGCCAUUGAAAGUGUUCUCAAACAAGGUACCACGACAGAAAUGUUAAAUGCUGAUCAAUCUGUUAUUGGAGACAUUUUAGAAACAAUUUUAACCAAUGCUCCUGCACCAUGGAAUUCUGCUCAAUUUGUCAUUAACAAGAUUAUUGAACCUAUCAUGACUCAGGAACUUCAUAUCGAUCUUCUUCACAAGGCAACUGUCAAGGAAUUGGUCAAAUCUAAGGAUAUCUUGGGAAGACUUCCUGUCUACAUGUCUUACUUGUUAAUGUUAUCGUUCCACAGUCAAAUCAAUUUGAUUGACAAUUUACCGUACUUGCUAUUUAUCAUUUCCAUGUUCUUGGGUGUUGGUGCUGACUCGUAUAUGAGAUCAAUGGCUUAUGGUAUUUGUUCUAAUUGUGUCCAUGGUCUCAUUCUAGAAUUACCAUCCACUGAGCAAUAUGAACCUCUUCGAAACAAGCUCACAAAACUUCACUUGAAGAUGCUCAGUAAGGACAUUAAAUCAAGUUUCAUGGGUGGAGAUUAUGAACCUCAACCAUUUGCUUCAUAUUCGGAUUAUAUUAACAAGGCAGCAACUGGAAAUCCAACUUUGGAACAAACCACCAUGUACAAGUAUGAAGAGAUUAUGAGAUACUUUAAAGAAAUUAUGGAAUGUUUCAAUAUUUCAUAUGAGACGAUUCAACAGAAUAGAAAAUUACCAUCCACCAAAGUUCAACCAACCACUCUCUAUGUGACUGGUACCUCUUCCAAGAUGACUGAAGAAGUAUCUGACAAUUCAAAGGAGAAUAACAAUGGACUCGAAGAUGAUGGCACUGAGAAUGACAUGACUGAGGGAGAUAUUGAUGAUGAUCAUACAACCACUCUCAGUUCCAUUUCUGCAAUUCCAAGCACAAGCACUUCAGAUUUUGUGAAAUCAGGAUCAGAAACUGUGAACAACAUUUGGUUGAAGAUUUUCACAAAUUUAUGUAAGGACACCAUGAAGACUGCAAAUAUUCUUCUCUUCCCCAAGUCACUCAUUGCAUAUAGUAUUGUUUCUACCAUGGAACAAUCGUAUGACAUGAUUCCAUUUGUUUUGAACUUUAUUGGUAAGAGAGGAGUGGACACAUUGGCUGAAGACGAUUUAAUGUUGUCUGUCGUGUUAUCCAUUAAUCAGUUCUGUACUAAUUUGGUUGUUGAAAAGGAUAGAAUUGAAACUAUUCGAAAAUUAGUACUCUUUGGAUUCUUGUUAUUGACUGUUGGUAACACCAAGAUUUAUUCUGCAGUUACCAAGAUGUUGAGCACUGUUUUUGGAAUUUUAUUUGAAGCUGGUGACAUUCAUGACGGUUUCACUUCACUUGGAGAUUACUUCCAAACUGUGUUCGCAGCUGAAUUUUCCAAAUAUAGAACCUUUACCAAAGAUUUCGAAGAAACUGUUGGAAUUUCAUUUGGAGAACACUUUUCAUUUGCAUUUGCCAUUUUAAUGAUGAAAGGUUUGAGUGUGGAAGACUCAACCAUUCGAAGAGCUUCUGUUUCCUUGUUGAAACAAGUUCUUUCCAUUUCAUCCAAGCUCAAAUAUGAAACUCAAAAACAACUUGGAUUUAUUACUGCUCUCAUUCCAUUUGAUAAGCAAUAUAAUUCCGUAUUGUAUAGUGAACAACUUUUCACAGACAAGAUGUUCACAAAAGAAACUGUAUUCCUCUUCCAAAAAUAUCUCUUUACCAUCGCUUCCAAUGUGGACAUUGACAGCUGUGCUUCAAUCUAUAAGACUUUAGCCAGAGGUUUUGAAAUUAUUCCUGACACCUUUGCCGACGUCUUCCAAGAUCACCACAGUAUGUCACAAGUCAUUAAGGUUUACACUUCAUCACAAGAUGACAGUAUUAUUGAACACAGUCUUAACUUGUUCAAGAUUAUGAGUAACAACGCCAAGUCAAAGAAGUUGCAAGUUAAGGAACCAUUUUCUGAAUAUGGUUUCAAAGGUUUCAAGGAUCAAUGUACUUUCUCUGGUGUCAAGGAUGAAAUGAAGAAGAAGUGUCAAAAGACAGCAAUAUCCUUCCUCGUGGACAACUUUAAUGAAAAGGAAUAUCCUUCCAUGGACUCUGUCAUUAUUUCCAAGACAGGUAUGAAGAAGAAUAUUGUUCGAAAUAACUCGACUCUUUCUCCAGUGACUAGACAAAACUCUAGCGGAUUGAUUAAUAAGAAAUAA